AUUCUGUGUUGUUGCCAUGUUAGUUUCACAUGCAGCUUAAGGAUUCAUCUUCUGACUUUUUCCACCUACACAAGGCAUUUUAUGGCUUAAGGAUGAUGAUCUAGAAAGGAAGGGAAGACAGUUUGGAUUAAAGUUAACAUGGGAAAAUGCUUAAGCUGCUGCAAAGAGGACCAGAACUUCCAACCAAAUUGUACUGAAGAUCAAGUUACUUCACACCCCCAGCAUCAUGAAGCCUCUUCUAUUUUACGACAACAUAAAUUUCUUAAUCUUAAAACAUAUCGUCCUUCUGCAACAUAUGAAGUCAGUUCAGCCACAGGAAGUAGAAAAUUAUCUCAUCCAUCAGAUACAUCUACUCAUUCAAUUCUCUAUGCAAGAAGACAAUCUUUAUCUGAUAGACUUAGAAAAAGCAAUCUUUCCCUUUAUCAGAGACAAAGUAGAGCUAACUUUGAUUCUCAAGAAGAUGAAGAUGAUUCAAAAUCUUCAGGCCAUUUUGGUGCCUUUAGAUACCGAAGACGUCUUUCUUCCCCUAAACUCAGUAUAGUUUCCUAUUAUAAUUCUAACAUGUUUUUUGAUCCUCAACCAAGAAGUCGGGAGAAGUUUAACUCAAAUGAAAUUAAAAUAUUUUCUAGAAGACAAAGUCAUCCUGGUACAGAAAAACAUAUAAGCUUCUCUAAGCCUGAAUAUAGCUUUUUCAAUUUAGAAGCAAAAACUAUUUCUUCACCCCAUGGUAACACUGCUGACAGAGCCUCCCUUCAACAAGACAUGGCAUCUUUCUUUUCUCUUCCAACUAUUAAUUCCUCUGCCUCUAUAGCAAAUAAAUUUGCCAUUGCUAUUGAAGAAAGUGACCAUUUAAGUAAAGAGUCAAAAGACUCCCCUCAUUUCAAGUCUCACAGUCACAGUACCAGUCAUUCUCCAAGUAUGACUCAACAGAGUCUUUCUCAAACUUCCCCUAUCUUCCAUAAAGUUGGAUAUUCUUCAUCUUAUAAAAAUUCCAAUAGCUUUGCCCUAUCUCAAAGUGAAGUUACUUCAGGCCCCUUUGAAGAGGAAAACAUUUCUGUCUCCUCCCAAGAUGAAGACAAACCUUCGCCUAUUGAAAUUCCUAAGAUAAGGUAUAUUACAGCUAAUACUGACACAGAAGAACCAAGUUUUCCAGGCACUAAGGCAUUUAACACACAUGUAGAAGAAUUAAAGUUAGAUGCCCUUCUUCAGAAGGCAGAUCAUUUACGUAUGAAUGAGUCUGGCAAGAUGGAGAGUUUUGAACUACUUUGUGACUACAAAGAAAAGUUUAAAGAUGAAGCAGAGUAUAUGUGGCGACUUGUUCGUUCUUAUGGAGACAUGAGUGAGUUGUCUACAAACACACAAGAAAAGAAACAUUAUGCUAAUAUUGGAAAAACUUUAGGUGAACGAGCUGUUGCUAGAGCACCCAUGAAUGGAUACUGUCACCUGUGGUAUGCAGUUUUGUGUGGCCAGGUAUCUGAGUUUGAGGGCUUACAAAACAAAGUCAACUAUGGAUAUUGCUUCAAGGAACAUCUAGAUAUAGCAAUCACACUUUUACCUGAAGAACCCUUUGUGUAUUACCUCAAGGGAAGAUAUUGUUACACUAUCUCAAAACUCAGCUGGAUUGAGAAAAAGAUGGCUGCUACUUUGUUUGGAAAAAUACCAUCUUCAAAUGUACAAGAAGCUUUGCACAACUUCCUUAAGGCUGAAGACCUACACCCUGGUUACUCUGUGCCCAAUUAUAUGUAUUUGGCCAAGUGUUAUAUAGAUCUUCAUGAAAAUCAGAAUGCUUGGAAGGUCUGUCAUUUGGCAUUAUUACUUCCUGUUGUUACCAAAGAGGACAGAGAGGCAAACAAAGAGGUGAAAAAAGUAAUGACUUCUUUGAAGAGGUUGCUUGACUUUGAAGAAGCCAGAAAAACUACUGAGUGUCCUGAUUGAGGAUUUCUGCUACUGGGUCACUAAGGCCAAGCUAUAAUGAUAUUCACCCUUCACUCACAGAGACAGUACACAAACUGCUAACCUCUCAAGCGACUCCAUGGACAACUUGGGAAAGGGGGGUUUGGAUCCAAAACUUUAAACAUGUUCAGCUUCAGGAGAUAGGAAUCAACCUGUAUGCUACAAUUCCUCAUGAAACAUUUAAAGAGUAACUUAGUGUUUCACAAAAAUUUUAACGAUUAUAACGUCCAUAUAACUGCAUUGAUAGCUCUUACUUAACAAAUAGCUUUCAUUAUAACAUAAAAAUCCCAUCUGUUGCCCCUAAAAAGUUGUCAAAAGGCUUUUCAUGUCAUACUAUUUUUAUACUCUUGAAUUACAUAGAACAGUGGUAAAAACUGGAAGAGACCUUAAAUAUAAGCUCUUAUACCAAACUUCUUAUUUGCAUUGAUGCAUAAGUAGCACAGUGAGGGUCAGAGAAUUGUACUGGCCAAGCCAGGGCUGUGUCCAGGCCUUGCAAUCUUACAUCUUCUGCAUCCCUCUUUGAGCCAAGGACUCUUUACAUGCAACUGAUUGGAAUCCAAUGUGCCUGGCAUGGAGCGGGGGCUCUCAGAAUGAUAACUUACAUGGUGACUACCUAUUCUAAAUGCUUUUUCUAUCUCAGCCCAUUUCAUCCUCAUAGCAGUCCUAUGAGGAAAGAACAUUCAAUUUUACUCCAUUACUCCCCUAUGCAGGGGAGCUAAAGUGAGCUUUUAGAUAACAUGCCUAAGACAGUGAGCAAAGGAUUUGAAAUUGAGCAGACAGCUCCAGAGUGCAUGUUGUAAUCUGGGCCACAAUGCAAUUCUGCCAGCCAGUGGGGGAAACUAUGGAUAGGGGAGGAAAUGAUAGAAAGUGGAAGGAGAGCAUAAGAAGAGGAAGGAAGAGAAAGGUAGGAAAGAGGAUUUUUUUUUAAGUGGAGGGGAUCAUAAGGAAAGAAGGAAGAUAAAGAUAGGGAAAAAAUGAAAAGAAAAAUCUUAUAUUUAUUUUUUGGAUACUAGCAUGCAUUUUCUAGUUUCACAUCAUAAAUUUCCAAUACACAUAAUACUCUUACUUAUUUUCCUUAUAUUAAAUCUUUCUUAUAUGCCCCAGUGGCCCUACCCAGAUAAGGAAAGAGAGGCAAAAAAAAAAAAGAGGGUGCAGAAGACUAAUUUUAAUAACAUGAUCUUACUUCGUCUGUUUAUGUUAGGAGAAUCUCAUUGUAGGCUCUAUAGUCAAUUGAUUGGUCAAUUAAUAAAACUAGUUUAUUUCACAGUGAUAAAAUAUAUUUUAGAGGCAAGUAAAGUUAGUAUCUUGAAGUUCUGUGAUUUUGGAGCUCCCGAACCUGUAUUUUUCUAUAGGAACCUGAAGCUAAAUCAUUAAGGUUGAGUUUUUCAAGUUUUAUUGAGAUGUAAUUGAUGUAUAAAUAAUUGCACAUAUUUAAAGUGUAUAAUUUUGAUAAAUUCUGAUACAUAUAUACACCCACAAAAGCAUCACUAUGAUUAAGAUAAACAUUUCUAUCACUUCCUAAGCUUGUUCAUGCCCUUCUACAAUCUUUCCCUCCUGACCUUCUCUGUACCCCAUCCUCAAGCAACCACUGAUCCGCUGUCACUAUAGAUUGUAUUUUUUAAAAUUUCAUAUUAAAAGAAUUAUGUAUCCUUUUCUGUAUAGUUUCUUUCAUUAAACGUAAUUAUUUUGAGAUUCA